AUGCCUCGCAACAUAGCGAAGAUUCAUCCCGAAGUUCCACCACCGCCAGAAGGUGUUACUUCUGCGAAGAAGGCAGUGGCGGCCUCCAGUACUAAGACGCGGACAGUACGCGGAAAGCGCGGUGGACUGAAGGUUAUGCCAACCAUGCCGCUUGACAUAUUGCUUGAGAUAUUCAGCCAUCUCCAUCCUCGGGACCUUCUCAGCUUGGCAAGGACUAACAAGCCCUUCCGAGACUUCCUCAUGAGCCGCGCAUCUAGCUCUUCACUGUGGAGAGCAUCCCGCAGGAAUGUAGAGGGGCUCCCUGAUUGUCCUCCUCAUCUGAGCGAGCCCGCAUACGCCAAUCUGGCAUUCUCCCCAUACUGUCAUGGAUGCGAUAAGACUAAUAUUCACUCUAUUAUCUGGGAGUGGGGCGUUCGCUAUUGCAACACUUGCAAGAAGAGACUAUGCACAGAGUACUUUAAUGUGAUGAAGUUUCGUAACAAGACUCAGGUAGAGGGUGUUACGCCUCUAGAACUGCUCACAACCGGUAUUCUCGCUCCCGGUCGUGACUAUGGCUCAAUGUACCAAUUAUAUCAUACGGCGGAGGUUCUAGAGAUCAACGAAGCAGUCGACAGACUCUCCGAGGACAUGGAAGGGCUGCGAGAGUAUGUAGAGAACAGGAAGAAUCGCAUCAAGGUCAUCAGAGAGCACGCCGCACUCUGUGCACGAUGGCAAGCACAGAAGGUGGCAUCCAGAGCGACCGAGUUGGAGAGAGUUCGGAAGGCCCGUCUCAACGCAAUUGUCGCUCGGCUGCGUGAUAUGGGAUGGCUAAAGAUCCGUGACAAGCUUGUCGCUGUCAUGCAGACAACUCAAAGCCGACGCCUCCUGAAUGAAAGAAGAGAACUCCUCAAAGCUCGUCUUCGUCUGUUUGGCAUCGUCGUCAAUCGAUUCUAUGCUUCGCCCCGUAGGACCGAGGAGACCGAGCUCCAGCCUGGCGUCACUGACAUUGCUGUCAUGCCUGAAGUGCGACGAUUGCUCGACGUCCCGAGUGACAUCGCUGUCACCCUCGAGACGCUUGAGCCCCUUCGUGACGAGCUUCCUACCUUGAUUCAACGAUGGCAGACAGAAAUUCGUGAGGGUCUAACGCAGAUGUUAUCACAGAAGCUUGGAAACACCCACUCUAGCAGGCUCCUGGACUUGGCUAUCUCGUAUUUCGAAUGUCGAGUGUGCAAAUGGGCUUUCCGCUACCCAGAAGUUCUAGCUCAUCGUUGUCCGCGCACUCACGUAAGUAGCUACGGCUACGACGACACCAUUGCAACUGCGUUCGAGUGGGCUAUUCACUCGAAUGGACACCCAGAGCCAUGGUCCAUCACAGUAUUUACAGUUGACCAUGCUCUGGAAUUCAGCAGUAUAAUUGUACGAGUGUGUGGUAAGGAUCCCGAUCAUGCGACACGACAGGAGAUGGAUGCCUGGGACCUCCGACUGUGCUAUGUCCGCAAGUCUCAUCCGCUCAAUCUCUUUACGGAAGUUGAAAAUGCCACAGAUCUUGCACGAGUGGCACAAGCGCAGACAUGA